AUGUGUAUUUCAACUUUUCGUUAUCAUUUCAGAGUUCUUGUCCCUGCCAAACUGCGGGAAUUGAUAUCAAAGCUUCUGUUCCUGGGAGUUCUUAGCAGCAAUUUCACUCUCGGCAUCAACAGGUGAGUGCUUUGAGUUUGCAAGUCUUCAGCUUCCUAGAUUUCUGGCCUUUUUACCUUUAAUCUCUUUCUGUUAUAGAGAAGAUCAAGGUUACCCCAGUCUAAAAUUAUCAACGCGGACAAUGUGAAUCCUGGUUUGCUUAGGAAAUAAUUUUUUUUGUGGAAAUUCGACUGAGUGUACAGGCGUGAAACGUAUCUUGCGUAAACCGCUGACACUCAAACCGAAUUUACACAAUAAAACAGGGAACAGAGGAACGUAGGGAUACCACGCUAAUUCAAAUUGGAACCUUAUGCUAACUUCUUAGUUUCUUCCUAUCUCUACAGGUGAUGGUAGCACGCUUUGGGAUUGCCAUGCAAACUCUAUUGACCAUGAUUCUAUUUUUUCCGCUUUCUUUUUUAAAGAGAAGGAGGUCCACAUUACCCCAAUCUAAAAUUAUCAACGCAGACAAUGGGAAUCCUGGUUUCUUUGGGAAUUGAUUUUUUUGUGGAAAUUCGACGGGGUGUAUAGGCGUUGAGACGUAUUUUGCGUAAACCGCUGACACUCAAACCGAAUUUGCACAAUAAAUCAGGGAACAAGAAACGUAGGGAUACCAAUCUUUUAUUUUUACGUGGACAAUGGGAAUCCUGGUUUGUUUGGGAACUGAUUUUUUGUGGAAAUUCGACGGGGUGUAUAGGCGUUGAGACGUAUUUUGCGUAAACCGCUGACACUCAAACCGAAUUUACACAAUUAAUCGGGGAACAGAGAAACGUAGGGAUACCACGCUAAUUCGGGUACUUUUCAAAUUGGAACCUUAUGCUAACUUCUUAGUUUCUUCCUAUCUCUACAGGUGAUGGUAGAACGCUUUGGGAUUGCCAAGCAAACUCUAUUGACCAUGAUUCUAUGUUUUCCGCUUUCUUUUUUAAAGAGAAGGAGGUCCACUUUCUUUUUCAAAAUCCUGGUUUUUUGGGAACUGAUUUUUUUGUGGAAAUUCGACGGGGUAUAUAGGCGUUGAGGUCGUUGACCGAUUUUGCGUAAACCGCUGACACUUUUACACAAUAAAUCCAGAUCUAAAAUUAUCAACACGGACAAUGGGAAUCCUGGUUUGUUUGGGAUCUGAUUUUUUGUGGAAAUUUGACGGGGUGUAUAGGCGUCGAGACGUAUUUUGCGUAAACCGCUGACACUCAAACCGAAUUUACACAAUUAAUCCGAACAGAGAAACGUUACCACGCUAAUUCGGGUACUUUUCAAAUUGGAACCUUAUGCUAACUUCUUAGUUUCUUCCUAUCUCUACAGGUGAUGGUAAACGCUUUGGGAUUGCCAAGCAAACUCUAUUGACCAUGAUUCUAUGUUUUCCAAACCACUUUACUCCGAUCUAAAAUUAUCAACAUAAUGGGAAUCGGACAAUUUUUUUUGGGAAAUUCGACGGGGUGGUUUGAGACGUUUUUGCGUAAACCGCUGACACUCCAACCGAAUUUUUUUAAAUCAGGGAACAGAGAAACGUAGGGAUACCAAACUUUAUCAACACGGACAAUGGGGUUUGUAUAACUGGCGUUUUUGAGAAAUUUUUUGCGUAAACCGUUUUUGAAACCGCUGACACUCAAAUCGAAUUUGCACAAUAAAUCAGGGAACAGAGAAACGUAGGGAUACUAAUCCAAAAUUAUUAACGUGGACAACGGGAAUCCUGGUUUGUUUGGGAACUGAUUUUUUUGUGGAAAUUCGACGGGGUGUAUAGGUGUUGAACGUAUUUUGCGUAAACCGCUGACACUCAAACCGAAUUUACACAACAAAUCAGGGAACAGAGAAACGUAGGGAUACCACUCCAAUUUUGGUACUUUUCAAAUUGGAAACUCAUACUGGAGAUAUAAUAACCGUAAGAUACCCCUCUCAUUGAGAUUCUUUUGAAAGCAAAAGCGUAUUCUAACUUUCUAGUUUCUUUUUAUUUCUACAGGUGAUGGCUGAGCACAUUUUAUUCUCAGAUUUCUAACCUUUUUCCUUCAUUGUCUCUAGUGUUGUUGUCUUAGAUCGGCCACAACACUGGGCUUUGUAGGCUUUGACUUUUAUUCAGUCUUUCCAGGUGAAAGCGAAGAUGUGCAUAAUUGGAGCUAAAAUUAUUUGGUGGAGAUUUGGAAUCCUGAAUCCUGACUGACCACAGACGUGUGCGUUUGGUUGAACUGUUGUAUCUUCGAGUUUUAUAGUUUGGCUGGUAUGAGUACAUUACGUAAUGAAUUCCUUUUUUAGAAAGGUCUUUUAUAAUAUAUACUAUCACAAUUUCCCUUAGCAACGGCUGGCUUUUUAUAAGAGGCCAUAUCUCAUUAAGAUGUUUUUUGGACUUCAAGCAAAGUAAAGCCAUCGUUCUUUUGUGAUCGUUGACUUUCAACAGAUUCUUAUCCAUCAUUUUAUCUGAAUAACUAGGCUCGAAAUAUUCUUGUAUUACUCUUAAAUUGAAGCUUACGUCAUUUCUAGUUCAUGAUGUAUUUGGGGAUCAAUGUACCUUUUAUCGAACUGUUAUUAGCACUGAACAUUUAACUUUGUUAACGGUGCAGUUUUUUUAAGUUUGCUUGCUAGUUUUUUUUGUUUAGAGAAAGGGUCAAUUAUAUCAGAUAAGUUUAAAACAAUUGUAUUUUAUUAACAGAUUUUCACCACAAACUAAUAAGUCCUGUUGAAAAUCUCAGUCUCAGAUUUCAGUAGCGAUAUUUUAUAAAAUAUAUUCUGAUAAAAGAGAAAGAGUGUAGUCGUAGCGCCUCAACCUUAAUAAAUUAUUGUUAACUUUUAAAGAAAUUGUAAAGAAAUGUUUGAUUUGGAAAAUCUCCUUCGGUUUAGUAUUUUUUCCGUGUGUACGCACAUCAAGGAUUGUUUGUAAUUUUAUUAUUUCUCUUUUGUUUAUACAAGUAUUCAGAAUAAUGAUUUCUGUCCCUGUUUUCUAACAGGUACGAGUGUUGCCAUUUUGAAUUUAUUGUUUGCCCUGCUCAUGACGUCUACCCAUGUUAUAAUGCGGUACUACUAGACAUGGAUGAACUGGUAAGUUUUUGCUACCUUCAACUUGCUUUUUCUGGAAGAAAAAUCAACUUAUUUGACUUAAUUUUAAUGUGUAAUUUUAGGCCGUUUGUACAUUCUUGUUCGCUGGGCUGUAGUCGUGUUUACGUUUUAUUAAUAAGACCUGAGUUUUUGUUGUAAACUUGUUUUUAGCGAAAGUUUUUAAUGAGUAAACGGCUUGGUGGAUAUUUGAUAUACGUCAGCAAACCUUUUAAUUACACAGUAAGCCAAGCUUAGGGUUAUAAAAUUAAGUUAAAUUAAUCUGUUUUCAAUUUAAGCAGAGAUGAUUAAUCAAACUGAUUAUUAUUUUUUUCUCUCAAUUUAUUUUCAAGUACUUUAUACAGUGGAAACAGGGCGAGAGCUCCAAACCAACAGAACCCAGCAAAAGUGCCUCAAGGAUCAGGUACUGCUGCAACUAUGAGAAAGUUGUUUACAAUGAAUGUCAAGUUACUUUGCUUAUCUUACAAAUUUACUCUUCUAUGAGUGUACCAUAACAGCUACUGCAAAAGGCUGCUACCCUGAAAGUGGUGAAAUGUAUCAAAUAACUUUAGAAAAACUGUCAUUAAUUCUUACCUCUUCUUUUUUUUUUUUAACUUAGCUCGCUGUAUGAUUCAGAUGAUUAUAUUAUUGACAAUACAGCUAAUCAAAUGAAUUGUGUUGGUUAGCGUUCAAUUGCUACCUUAGAUAUGAGACUAUCAGCCUACCGAGUUAUAAGAGUCAACGUCAGUAAGAAUAGGAGAUAAUCCCAAAAUCGCGGACGCAGCUCAAAAUUCGUUUUCGCUGAUACUUUUUAUAUUGAUCAUGAUAGAGUUUUGUAUCGUAGUUAACAAAGGAGGGUUAAUUUGGUCCAAUUUUUGAUUUGCAAGGGGUGAACUCUUUCUUUUUUCUAAGAAUUUUGUUUCUCUGGCCCAGGGUGAAUAUUCUUAUUUUUCUCCCAGUUUUAGGAUCAAAAUAUCUUGUUUUUCCUCUUAAGUUGAAGCUUGUGUCAUUUCCGGUUUAGAUAUGAGAGUAAGGGGCAGUCUACAGAGUCAGGUUGUAAGAGCAAAUUUUUAAUUUAUAAUUCUUCGUUGUUUUAUGAGGAUCUGCCAAAGCAAAAGAACAAGAGUAAGAAAGUGGAAGAGGAAGAUUAG